AUGGAAGAUGCGCUUGUUUCAGUAAAUAUUGAACAAGACAAUACAGUCCAUAACAUUGUAAGUCUCGACAAAUUUUCUGGAGGCCCACCAACAACCAAUGAUGCAACAGCCAGUACCUUUGCCAACGAGUCUACGCUGCAAACGCAAGAAACAGGUUGUUCACAGCAAGCAAAUUAUAGCAAUGCAGAUCAGCUAUGUAUGCUCUAUGACAUUUCAAUAGGUGUUACAGCCAGACUAAAAGCCAAUCCAAAGAUACCAGAUCAGACCCAGAACCCACCUGUUGUGUCUCAAGUUGCUGCGAUCUGGAAUCCAAACGAACCUGACGGUGAAUUAGCGGAAAGAGACAUAAGAGUCCACACACAUUAUGGUCAUAGCCAAAAAAUCCAAUACUAUUAUGGGUGCUAUGAUCCUGUCCAGUAUCCAUUAUUAUUCCCUCUUGGUGAACCUGGGUGGCACCAAGGGAUAAAGAAAAACACGCCAAUUCGUAUUGGACAACCUUCGCAAGGCCAAACAUUGGUUCUCCCAAGCAAUGCUACAACUGCUGAAAAUUUGAUUGCACAAGAAGCAGCAGUAUACCAAAACAUUGAAGAUCAAGAUGCCAUGGUUUCUGCACGUGAAUUUUACGCAUAUCGAUUACAGAUUAGACCUAACACAAAUUCAAUACUGCUCAAUUGUGGACGUUUGCUCCAGCAAUUUGUCGUUGAUAUGUAUGUCAAGAUUGAAACUUCAAGACUUGAUUAUUUCCGAAACAAACAAGAGGAAAUCCGUUUUGACUUAUACCAAGGAAUCGUCGACAGCGUUAACCAAGGUGAGUCUCAAGGUUCAAGAGUUGGAACAAAAACUGUUUUGCCACGAUCUUUUAUUGGAGGUCCACAAGACAUGCAGAAGAGGUAUCUUGAUGCAAUGGCGUUGGUUCAAAAAUUUGGGAAACCUGAUAUAUUCCUCACAAUGACAUGCAAUCCAGCUUGGCCGGAAAUCAAAAAUGAGUUAAAACCUCAUGAGGAAGCACAAAAUAGACCGGACCUCCUUGUAAGAGUCUUCAAAAGUAAGCUGGAACAAAUGCGAAAAGGAGUAAUCAAGGAAGAAUUAUUUGGUCCAAUAGCAGCAUAUACCUAUGCUGUUGAAUUCCAGAAAAGGGGCUUGCCACAUGUGCAUUUACUCAUUAUUUUGAAAAGGCCAUAUAAACUGAAUACCGCCGACAAAUUUAAUGCCAUUAUUUCCGCAGAAAUUCCACACAGAGAGCACCAACCACACUUAUAUGCUACAGUGCUCAAACACAUGAUGCAUGGUCCAUGUGGUGAUCUAGACAAGAAUAGAGCUUGCAUGAAAGAUGGUGAAUGCAAGUACCGGUACCCACGAGAUUACUACGCAGAGACAACAGUUUCAGAAGAUGGAUAUCCGAUUUAUUGGAGGUGCCAAAAUAAUGAUGAAGUUUUGAUUAGAGGGCAGAUGCUGAAUAAUAGGUGGGUAGUUCCAUACAACCCAUAUCUUCUCGCCCGUUUUGAUUGCCACAUUAAUGUCAAAGUUUGCUCAACAAUCAAAGCGGUGAAGUAUUUGUACAAAUACAUCUAUAAGGGCCACGACAAAAUCAUUUACAAAUUGGUCGUUGCAAAAAGUAAUGAAGAUAUUGAUGAAAUUGAACAAUUUCAGUCUGCGAGAUGGAUAUCACCACCUGAGGCUAUGUGGAGAAUUUACGGAUUUCCUUUAUUUGAAAUCCACCCUGCUGUCAUGACUUUGUAGCUUCAUUUGGAGGGCUUCCAAAGAGUAAAUUUUAAAGAUGACACAAAUCUUCAAUCUAUUGCUGACAGUCAUUACUUCUCACGUACUAUGUUAACUGAAUUUUUCUGGAUGAAUAGUCAUGAUGAGCAUGCAAAAGCUGCUAAGCUAUUUUAUGCAGAUUUUCCUUCCCAAUUUGUAUGGUUGUCUCAAUCCAAAACAUGGAAAAUAAGGCAACGAGAUGAAGUUAUUGGCAGACUUGUUGCAGUACAUCCUAACCAAGGAGAUAUAUACUACCUCAGACUGCUGUUAGCUCAUGUGCCUGCACCAACAUCCUAUGAUUACUUGAAAACUGUCAAUGGAAUUCUCUACAGCUCAAACAGAGAAGCUGCUGUUGCACUCGGUUUGUUGGAAGAUGAUGAUAGCAAUGAAAAAUGCAUGCAAGAAGCAUGUAUAUAUCGUAUGCCAACAUCAUUGAGACAAUUAUUCUGCACAAUACUUGUCUAUUGCUCACCCACAAAUCCAAAGCAGUUGUUCCUUAAAUUUGAGGACGAUUUAGCACAUGACUAUGUGGCCAUACAGCACCUCACAAAAGAUCAAGCAUGCCAACAAUUGCUUUAAGCGCUUAAUCUUGAACAUCAAUCAAUGGGAAAAUCAUUGGCAGAUUUUGAUCUAUCAAAUCUGCUAGCACAACAAGAUACAAAAGAAAGAGUAUGCAGAGAAAUACAAGAUGAACUGGACAUAUCAGUAUCAGAGAUUGAUAUUGCUGCUGUCGCACUGCUAAACCAGGAACAAAAACAUGCAUACAGUGAAAUCCUGGACGCUGUUUUCAGUCAUCAACCAAAGAGUUUUUUCAUUGAUGGACCAGGAGGAACAGGCAAAACAUUUCUCUAUCGUGCAAUUCUUGCAACAUUACGAUCAAGGAAACAUAGCUUUGGCUACUGCAAGUUCAAGAGUUGCAGCCUCAAUCUUGGCAAAUGGAAGAACAGCUCAUUCAAGAUUCAAAAUUCCAAUAAAUGCUGAUGGAAAACUCUGUUGCAAUGUUGGAAAAAGAUUAGCAUGGCACCAAACAUUUUGCCGCUUGAUAAAUUACAUCCUCAGUCAAGAAAUUUCACUGUUCGGUGCAUGCUGACAGAAAAAGCAAUCCCAAGACAAUCAGCUGACUCAGCAUCACAAUAUCAAAGACUUGUUUUCCAGGAUGCGCAGGGUAACAAAAUGCAAGGUAUUAUCUAUGGUGAUAAUGUUGAAAUCUUUGCAAAAAGACUCAAAGUCUACCACACUUACGUAAUAACAAAUGCUGUCAUCACAAGGAUCAAAGAACGUUUUUGGUUUUUGCCAAACAUCUAUCAAAUUGUUGUCAACGCCAAGACCCCUGUCGAACACAUCGAGGUGGAUGGCCUAUAAAUCAGAACAUUGACCUACAAUUUCACACCGAUCACUGCUUUGCACGCUGUUCAGCAAGUUGAUCCCCAGCUAGGUAACAUCCAAUUUUUUUUCGCCAAAUACAAUU